CGCUCGCGGUCAGGUCUUGCGUGCUGAUUGGCUGCCGCUGAAGGCGGGGCAGUAUAAGCAUAGAUAUGAGUAUAAGUACGCUCACAUUACAUUCUUCGUUCCUUUUAGUUCCUUUCACAAUUUGCAAGGUAACUGAGUAUGCCAGUCUUCAGAGCCCUUAGUAAGGUGGCAAAGCAGGCCCUGCUGACCCCUGCGUGUGGAUGUCAGUCUCUGACUGUAGCUAUACGCAACAUCAGCUUUUCCCCACGUCAGGUCACCUCUGGAUCUGAUGCCAGCUUUCAUUCUGUGUCCUUCUCUGAGACGGACCACCCUAAAGUUCUCAUCACCGGUGGCCUCGGGCAACUAGGGGUUGGGCUUGCUAAACUCUUAAGGAAGCGAUUUGGAAAAAACAAUGUGAUCCUCUCAGAUAUCAGGAAACCACCAAGCAACGUAUUUCACAGCGGACCCUUUAUCUACUCUGACAUUCUGGACUACAAGAACUUGCGAGAGAUUGUAGUAAAUAACAGGAUCACGUGGUUAGUGCAUUACAGUGCUCUUCUAAGUGCUGUUGGGGAAGCUAAUGUGGCACUGGCACGAGCAGUCAACAUCACAGGACUACACAACAUCCUCGACAUUGCAGCAGAACACGGGCUUCGGCUCUUUGUGCCCAGCACCAUUGGUGCCUUUGGACCAACUUCCCCUCGAAACCCCACUCCUGACCUCUGUGUGCAGAGACCACGUACCAUAUAUGGCGUCUCUAAAGUCCACGCGGAGCUUAUGGGAGAGUACUACCACCACCGCUAUGGCCUCGACUUCCGCUGUCUGCGGUACCCCGGUAUCAUCUCUGCCGACUCGCAGCCUGGCGGUGGCACAACAGACUAUGCCGUGCAGAUUUUCCAUGACGCCAUCAAGAGUGGCAAGUUUGAGUGCAACCUAAAGCCAGAUACACGGCUUCCCAUGAUGUACAUUGAUGACUGUUUGCGGGCCACGCUGGAGGUGAUGGAGGCACCAACAGAAACACUCAGUAUGCGCACCUACAACAUCAACGCCAUGAGCUUCACGCCAGAGGAACUCACAAAUGAGGUCCAGAAACAGCUUCCUGACCUUCAGGUCACAUAUGAGAUUGACUCUGUACGACAGGCUAUUGCUGACAGCUGGCCCAUGAACUUUGAUGACUCCAACGCCCGCAAUGACUGGGGCUGGAAGCAUGACUACGAUCUGCCAGAGUUGGUCCAGACGAUGCUAAACUUCAUCGGCUCAGACUCCCGCAUCGCUCAGGCCAACUGAGUCUGCUCAUGGACAAUGAAAAUAUGUACAUAUUAUAAAGAUUUAUGGUGAUGCAGAAGAGAGAUCCAUGGUCUGUAAAUAGUCAUAUUCCUGUUCUCUUUUGUGUCAUCUGUAUAGACUAGCGCAGGCUAUGUGUGUAUAAUUGCAGAUUAUACAAAAAGAUUGGGUCUCUUUUCUAGUCAGAGGGGAAAACCAUCAAAGACUCACAGGUAUUAAAAGCUAAAUGUUGGAAAAGGAAUGGGUUUAAACCCAACAUUGCCUUUAGUGCUUUGCAUUUAGUGAAAGAGGAUCAAUUAUGUCUCCGGGCAAAAUAAAACCAACAGACAUGAAAAUCCAAAAAUGAAUGCCGCAGCUCCUAAAACGUAGCUUCCCAUGUUCUACUCUCUUUCUGAGUUUCUUUUCUCUCUCUUUUUUUGUUCUAUUUAAUAUAAAUAAAUAUACGGUACCUUUGUCGAAGAACAUAAUAUAUUAGGCAAAAGGCUAAUGGCUGUGUUCAGAGUAAUGGGAAUACAAGUAAUAGGAAUUGUAACAGCCCAUUCUAAAAUAAACAGACAAAAGAGUCUGGUUUAAACAGGGUGGGACUCAAAUGUAGGUCCUCAGGGAAAGUGGGGGUUGUCUUGAUAAAUGAUGUUAUCAUAGCCCUCUUGGUUGCUUUCUCGCUCUUGUGCACUAUCUAUUUAUUCAGACUGCUCACAAGUAAAUUGCAAGUUUCGGUCUUGCUCUACUCUUUAAUAAAGUUGCGUUUUGUUAAAUGCAAUUUCUCUCAUAUCUUGCAUUUGCUCAUAAAUGUUUUCCCACAGCGAAUAUAUUAUUCUGUAAGAAGGGGAGAUUGGGAAACAAAAUUAAAUUAUUGUUUUUUUGUUUUUUUUUUUAGUUAAGCUUUGCAUCCACAUUUUUUUGUUCUUAUGAUCACAAAACUUGUCAAUAAAGCUUUUUUUAUCUUUAA